UUAUGAUAUGCCCCUAACUUCAAAUGGAAGAUGGCGUCAAAUACUUUCAGUGUUGUUAUACGCUUAUCGUACGCUUAUUAGCUAGCCAUUAGCAAGUAUCUAGCCUUAUGCAAAAGCACAGGUAUUAAUAUCUAUUUAUACGAGGUCAUACCACGAAAGCUACAAAGCCAAGAAGCCUUGCUGGUACAACAUGGCAAAGGUCUAUGGUAACAGAACUAAGGAACCUAAAGUGAUUCGAAGAAAUGUAUUACCUGUGGAUGACAGAUCUAGUUUUACAGCAGAUCUCGCCACAGCGUGGUCCACUUUCGGUGAAGCAAAGACUGUGCUUCAUAAACUGGAAUCUAAAACUGGCUCACCACCAACCAAAUCAAGGCUGAAACAACACACCAUUCCGAUGGUCACCUUCGACACCCCCACCCAUACGUCCCCUCCAAGGUCAAAGUACACUGAGCAUGUGACCAGUCAUGUGACUGGUAUACUGAAGACGAACACAAGUAAAGAGAAGGAGAACGUGCGUGUACAUGUAGUGGAACCGUCAGUGCUCAAUGAAACUUUACCAUUGAGCCAACACACUAUUGUAUCAGGAGGGGGUAGAACUGUGGGGGGUCUGGGAACACCUGUCAGUAACCCGACUGCUGUGUUUGGACCACCUGCUGACUUCAGAGGAAGCAAAACAACUGGUGCAAAGGAGUCUGCAUCUACUGGCACCUCAGCAUCACAUUCACUAACUACAAAACGCUUUCCCAAUGUACAAUCUGAUUCAACCACCCGCUCCAGUGCAGCACAUACUACAGGUACAAAACACUCUCAAACUGAUCAAGUUCCCAUUAGAAAGUUUGAACUGCAUCCCGACAUUGCUCGGGCUCUCACAAACCAAGUGGAACAGCAGAAACUUGCCCUUAAAAGGAAGACCAUCACCCAACCCUCAAAGAAUAUUUCGGACACACGAGACUACAACCCGAGUGGUUACCAAAUACAAUCCCAUACUUCGAGUACUGGUUCUAAGAAGCGCAAGGUAGCCUCCGCCCCACCCCCACGCUCGUACGCAGGGUUCAGUUCGGUUCAUUCUGUUACCCCCAGAGCCACGUCUGGUGCACACAACACUGUUCAGUGGAAGCCCAAUACUGACAAGUUAGCCACCACUCAAGGAAAAUCAGUACCUGCUAGCAAGGGUCAGUCAGUAGCGAUGAGCGAGGGCGUAAAGAAAAGACCGAGUGACAACAAAGUGAGAAAAGUGCAUCGAAUGACUGCUGCAGAUGUUGGGAGUGGGCCAUCUGGGAUCAUUACAACGUCUUCGUGGAGAACUGGCAAGCAGCUGGCUGAUAGAAUACUGCGAGGGAAACAAAGUCGUGAAUUGUCCCCAUCCCCACCUCAUAGCUCUUCUACUAGUCUCACUUCAUCUUACGAACCAUCCUCUAGUUCACUCCCUCAGAUGAAGCCUGGUGCUACUCAGGAAGAGCCACUCUCUACUUGGACCAAAGAACCUUAUAAGAGAAAGUUUGAUGACAUCUUGAUUGAUCUUGAACUGUCAGCAGAGCCUGAAGAUGAUAUCACAGAGGCUGGGUUGAAGAGGACUUAUAAAGUUACAGGAGAGAAGAUUCCUAAGAAGAAGCCAAAAGUUACCAGUGAGCCGACGUACCCAGCAGACAAAGUUAGACGUUACAAUCCGACUGAUGUGAAGGCAUACAUGGCUCGUCAGAAGGAGGAGCGUCGCAGGAAACUGGCAGAGGAGAGACAAGCACAAGCAAUGGCCUCCAAUGAAAGACAGAAGAAACUGCAAGAGUUGUAUGACACCCAACGCAAGAGGGUUGAGGUGAACCUGAGACACAAGCAGAAGAAGAGAGAGGAGUAUGCCAAAUCACUGGCCUCUCGGGGACUACACAUUCACCUCCAUGACCCAACCUCUUCUUCCAAUGUUUCUGAGGAUAGCAAUCUGCCCACUCUCACUAUACACCGUGCCCCUCGCACUACUCAUCGUUCUCCAAAUCGUUUUGAUACCGGACGAACACCCUCGUACUUGGGCACCUCCCCACCCUCACACCUUCACCCCUCACCACCCCCUCACCCUUCACCAAGACACUCCCCUCUUCGUCAGAAUCGCCUCCGCUCAAAUAUUUCCCCCGUCAGAGCUCAAAGUCCAGAAAGAGGAAAAACUGGUCAUGUUCAGUCAAGUCCAAGGCAGUACCAAGCCUCAAGUCCUAGCAGACAAUAUACUGGACAUGCUGAAUCAAGUCCAAGAAUGUACCAGAGUUCCCAGACCACAACUGGAUUGGAUCCGUACAUCAGUACAAGAUAUUCUCCUUCCCCUCCAAAAUCUCCACGAUCAUAUGAUGAACGUUUACAAGUCAUUAGAGCAUCGGCUUUGAGGCUAAAGGAACGAAUAGCUAGUGAAUCAAAGAAGUCUCUCGAUGACUCUUGUGACGUAUCAAAGUCGGCUCCAUUUAUGAACAGUUCUCCUUUUUCUGAGCAGCCUCGAUAUCACCAUCAAGCUAACGAGCAGGGUCAUCCCCCUCCAAUGGAUUUACCAGGCGUACACAAUGUUCAUGAACAUGCGUUAUUAGCUGAACGUGAGAAAAAGGAGGCUGAGGCAGCUCUCAAGAUCCAGUCUGCUUACAGAGGCUACAAUGUGCGCAAGAGCUUGAAAUGGGGUCAGCUAUUAGCACAAACAUCAUCAGUAUCCAAGCCAAAUCCUCUCAGUACUCAAGCACCUCCUAUCAGUGGUACGAAAAAUGUGGCUUCUCCUUUAAUUCCUACGCCAGGCGUUAGUCAAUCAAACCCUAACUUUACUGCACAACCUGCUCCCGUAUCUGUUGGAUUAGAGCCAUGGAAACAAGGUGGUGGGGACAGCCACAGUGUGAUCAAUGUCUUCACCCGUCAGCACGAGCGUCUUCGGGACAGCCUCUCAUUAUUGAGCGACCAGAAGAGAGAUGAAAUCAGGAAUAUGACAUCGCACCACAGCCCUACAAGCAGUGCUCCUGUAAUAACUCCCGAACGAUUGAAUACUAGUCAGCCGUUGACUUAUGCAGCACUGAGUGAACAUGUAACUCCCAAGUCCUCACCUUCUUCGUACACGCAAACAUUUGACCCAGAGCCUCGGGCUGAGGACGUAGUGUCUCUACACAGUGGAUCCACAGUAUCGUUUAGUCAAGACUCUCUCUACUCACAAUCCUCCCCUCCUAGAACAAAUUCUGAGCACAGUCCCACGCCUCCCCCCAUAAACUUGUCUAUGGAGAAGCAGCAAAGUCCACCAUCAAAACAAGAUACCUCACCAAAAGAGAGUGUGUCUGUAACAAUGAAUGGCAUAUCGGCUAUAACUCCUCCUGGAUCACCAAGCUUUGUCGAGUCUUUUUCAUAUACCACCCCUUAUCGCCCCUUGAUACAUGUACCUCUAACCACUGCAUACACUGAUGGAAGACAGUCACCUAGGUCACUGGAGCUACAGCAUCAGGCACAGCUCAAUCAGUACGAGACAAUUGAAGAGAAUCUUCGUCACCUUUCUCAAGUUGAAAGAACGAGAGACUUGUCUACAGUACAACAGGAAACGGUCACAUUAGCACAACAGCUGAAGUCGCAGGAACAGACACAUAGUAAUGACUUGAGUGCACUAGCCAAUAAAGCUAAGAUGGAGAUCAAAGCAAUGAAGAAACAGGUGGAAAUUGACUCUAUGCACUCAUCUGAAAGGCUUCAACAAUUACAGGAGAACGCCGAUUCCCAAGCCAAAGAACACUCAAAAAGGCUAGCAGAAUUGCAGCAAGAAUCAGAGAUAGCAGCUAGAGAGUCCACUCUUCGACUGAACGAGGCUAGAACAGCAGCUACCAGUGCUGUGAUAGAAGCAGCUCAACAACAGAUACAAGCAGCACACACUAUGGCUGUAUCAGUAGCCACUGCUGCCACCAAAGAAGCUGUAAAGGAGGCUCUAAAACAGGACAAAAGCCCCCCCAAAAUUGUCGAGUACGAGAGCGAUUUUGAUCCUAGUACCGUGAGACCAGACAGUCGUGGAGAUGAGACUGGCCACACAUCUGCUCGCGAGAAUGGGGCUGGCAGUAAAGACACAACACUAACCCCUUCUGAGGAGGGAAUCGACACAGUGAAUAAUGGUGGACGCUCUUCCAACAGUUCCAGUCCACACGAGGUCACUGAGGACAUUGAUGAGGUAUCAUUAAGGGAGCACCUACAUGUGCCAUCUGAGAGCCUUCGUCGCAGACACUCUAUCAGUGACUCUGAGGCCAGCCCUCUGGGAGAUGAGUCACACGCCUCGGAACAUUCACCAUUUAGCACUGCCGGGGAGGACUCUUUCUUUGCGUUCACAAGUCACAUGGUGUCUGAGUACGUGAAGGAGGAGGAACUGAGGGCCCGACACAGAGCUGCCCUCCUCCAGCUCAGAGAGAAGGCUCUCCAGGAGAAGACUCAGGCUCAACUCAAGUGGCUCAAAAUGAAACAGAAAGACCUUCGCUCAAAGGGGGCGGAUGAUCUCAUGCCCCCACUCAAGAAAAAGGAAAAAGGGGUCAUGAGAGGAUUCCAAAAAGAGCAGGCUGAGAUCCACCGUCUGAAGCAAGCCCAGGAGACAGCUGCUCAUGAGAGGAAAUUAAUGCUCUUGGAGCAACAAGAAAUAUCUAAAAUCCAAAAAUCUACUCAGUUCUACCGGGACAAGAUCCGUGGGUAUCGUUCUCGCUCUUACGCCAGUCCCAGCCCUGUCCCUUCAGCCGACGAGAGUGUAUCCACGUAUUACUCCCACACUAUGACACCCAAUCACUCCAUUUUGAGCGACCUGUCUGGAGUAGAUGAGGGACAAGACAAAUCAGCCACACCGUCUGAGCACCUAGAGCCAUCUUCGUUCCCAACUUACUCCCCCUCCACUGCUAAAGACGUGAGCACUCAUCAAGACACCUCGCAACAGGAUAAUAUGGCACAAAGUGAUUCCAGUAUGUCAGAACAGCUGGAAAGGUCACUUGAGAGGUCUGGCAGAUCACCUCGUUCUGUUAGGAGGAAGAAUGUGUCUCCUAUGGCGGGACGUAAGGAAAAGUCUGUGAAUCUCAAGCACUUGAGGAAAUUGGCUUCAUCUGAAGCAGAAAAGUAUUUGGCCCAGAGGGAGUUAACUCUGCAAAAGAAAAGGCAAACUGUUGAGGCAACCAUUAGAAGGCACAGAGAACUGCUUAAGAAAGAUAGAGAAUUGGACAAAGAAGAAGCAUCAGUGAAUAAACUAGUGGACAAAGCCAUGGAGAUGCUGAGGCAGACCCCAUUGUCGAGUACACACAGUCAGCAUUUCCCCAGAGAGCCCUCUCCACCAACCAAACACUACUCCAUGUCAGAGAAAUUGUCUAAAGCAUCUGGUGGCUCUGUGACUGAAGAAUUGAGUGGUACCGAGUCCAUAGCAGAGGAGAUGUUCGGUUCUAGCCAUUCAAAGGACAAUACCGGCUCUGUCAGCUCAAAUAUUCCUUCAGAAUAUGCGGAAAAUACGUUUGAGUCAUUGGGCACAACUCUUACAGCGUCUCACCAGCCACACCUCAUCAAGACCUCCACACCGUCACACCAGGCACACCCCUUCACGCCCGAGACCCAGCAUGAUGUGGACGAAUCACUGGACAACUCAUUGAGAGCUUCAGCAAGUAUCACAGACUCGCUCAUGACGACCACGUCCAGUGGCAGUGGUUUGGAGGCCAGGAUCCGGGCGCUUAAGGACCAGCUUAGACAACGCAAGGAAGAGGUGAAAAAUGUGCAAAAUGAGCAGAGGAGAAAGAAGAAAGCCAUUCUAAAGCAGCAGGAAGAGCAGCUCAAGAAAAAGCUAGAGGCUGUUGAUCUGAAGGCCAAUCGAGUGACGUCGCGCACACCCCCUCCUUUGAUUCUGUCACCAGACACACCCUCCCCUUAUAGUGGUCUCUACUCACACGACAAGACACCUUCAUACAGCGAAAACGAAUACCACACUGGAACGUCACGAGAAAGUUCUCCUGAAAUAAUUGACCAUACUCCUGCUUCACGAGAGCAAUCUGGAUCACCUGUGUCUGUUAUCAGUGAACGCACCUCAAGAGAAAGCUCUGGAUCGCCUGUACUGACUGAACAGACUAGUACACCCAAGGAACUAUCUGCCUCACCCAUUCCUGAGGAGAUCUCACUAAGAAACACUCUUCACUCACCUCUGCCCGAAGAAACUACCCCAUUGAAAACGAAAGACGAUCAUUCAGAACUCUAUAGUUACACACCCUUCACAGCCAGCAAAGACUUGACUCUCACCCCGCACACAACUGAAAUAGUCCAAACAGAACUGGAAGAUGAUAGUGAGGAUGCUCCUACUGUAUCAGAUGGUUUAGAGUCCAAAAUUGGAUCAGUAGAGGCUCUUGUUCCUCCUCCAGGGUUCGAAGAGCCUCGCACUCAGAUAAGUGAAGCUCUUCCUACUCACGAUUCAACUAUCACUGAACAGGUAUCUGAACACAUCGAUAUGGAAAAAUCGAAUGAAAUCAAUGAAGAUAACUUGAGCGGAACUGAAGGUGUAAGAGAAAAUGACCGUCACGAUGAUUUUGAGCCAGAAUUGUUGCCUGAGCAUGCAGACGGUUUAGACACUAGGAGCGAUACCAGCCUGCCCAUAUCAGAGUCCAAAGGUGGCGACAGUGAGGAAGAGUCCAACUAUCAACCCGGUCAGCAUGUUUUAGUGGGUGGAGUCAUGGAGGGUGUGGUCCGGUUUGUUGGCAAAACACAAUUUGCCCCUGGAGUUUGGAUUGGUGUUGAAUUUAGUGAAUCUUGUGGUCGAAAUAAUGGCUCCAUUGGUGGCCAUCGGUACUUUGAUUGUCCCCAGAACCACGGCGUUUUUGCCCCACCCAAAAAAGUUAGGAUUAUUGAAGACUUUCAUGAUUCUGAAAACAGCACACGAGAAAGCUCGAUUGAUGAAGAAUUAGAGCAAGCGCUUUCAGACACAAUGUCUAUGGAUUCAGGUGACAAAGCAUUCAACGACGAUGAGUACACUAAUGAAUUUGAACCAGAGCAAGAGAAUCGAACUAUUGAUGAGAAAUCACUGGAGCUCUUCUCACCACCUGACAAUGUUCAAAACUUGCAGGUUUCUACUGAGAAUAUAAGCGAGCAUAUAUCUGAGUUGGCUGAGGACAGUGUCGUAUCUGAACAACAAGCACCGGCUGAAUUCGAAGUUGUUGGAGAGAAGCCAGACAGUCUUCCCAGUGCACCUGAGAAUCUUGUACAGCAGCUACAACAUGCCGCACCCACUCCUGCCCCACCCCCUGAGUUUGCUGAAGGUGCAUCGCGUGAAGGGUCUACUGAACCACCUCCAGUACCAGAACACACACCACUCGAUCGUAAACCCGACAAAAUAAGCGAUGAGCUCGCUCAAGAGUUAAUGAAUGAAGCAUACGAAACGAUGCAUCAGAUCCGGAAAUCUAAACAAAGUACGGAGACUGAACAUAAGAGCGCGGUCAAAGUUGUGCAAGUGCCAAAAGACAAAGUUGUGCCUCUGUGUCUUGAUGAGAAGGCUGACCUAAUCACAGAUCAAUUGUUAUCCCUCCUACUUCAAUCUGAAAGCAGCUUGAUGAAUAAUAUCCGCUCCAGCAAGAAAGUUAAGGAGACUGAAACAGAGCCCUCCACUCCACCAAAACGUCAGCACCACCUUCGUAUCUCGAUAUCCAACCUCAAGGAAUGUUCUCCCCCUCCUCUCUCACCCCCGUCCCCAUAUCGAAUCCCUCCUGUGAUGCUGUCUGGUGACUACUCCCCUCCCACCUCUCCCCCAUGCCACCUCUCUACAGCUCGCGCCGCUGUCGGGGAGAAAUCAUUGUUUGCUCAGCAGGAAUCGUCAACCACACCUGCAAAACUAGAGCGUACAAGUUCAACAGAGUCCAUUGUGCAACUAUUGGACACCAUUAAACUCACUACUGCUCAGUGUAUGGUUCCAAGCGAACGGCCGAAAGUUGAUGAUAUUGUAAAACAGGCUUGGGAGACCGCUCUUGGUGAAGGACUUGACUCGCUUCAUUCACGAGACGUGCCCUGUCCUGAAAACAUACUCAAUCUUUUCAUGGACAUUCGAGAGCUCAGUCCUGAAGAAGAACAUUGCCACAAAGCAUACAUUCAACUGGUGUUUGAUAUGACCAUGGAAGUGAUAAGGCAGCUACAUCCUAUUCCCCCGCCCAGUGCAGUGUGGCUUCAUGGAACCGUUUUGAGGAGGCCCCUUGGAUCACGAAGUGUAGAGCCACCCUCCCUUGAUCUAGUUCAGAAACGCGUUUAUGCUGCUCUCAUUCGAGGACAACUGCCUGCACAAUUGCCCACAGUGAGGUUUUUGCAUGGGAAAAAGCGGCCAGGUGGCAAAGAUGUGGAUUUUGUUGAUGGUAUUCUGAUCAAAGAGCUAAGAUUCGAGGAGCCGAGUUGGAUAGAUUAUCACAAGGAUGAAACUACAGUCAAGAUACGAACUGCAGACAGUAUUUUAGACUCCUUACUUUCAGAAGCCGUGCAGAUUAUGUGUGACAUAGAACAAAAGAAACGUAAAUCGUAAUUUAAUAACUGUUAUUUGUCUUUGUGUAUAUGCAUGUGGUUUUAAACUACUGUUGUAGUGUACAUAAUCCUUCAUGAUAAUAAUUAUUAUGAUCUUG